GUGGCCGCAGCGGGGCCGCCGGCGCGGGUCAGUUGGCCCGGGCGGUGCCGAGCCGUGCCGAGCCGAGCCGAGCCGUGCCGAGCCGAGCCGAGCCGUGCCGAGCGGUGCCGAGCCGUGCCGAGCGGUGCCGAGCCGAGCCGGGCCGAGCCGAGCCGAGCCGAGCCGAGCCGAGCCGAGCCGUGCCGGGAUGGGGCUGCCGGCGGCGGUGCGGGACCGCGUGGCCGCGGUUCACCGGGGCUCGGCGCUGCCCGAACGGCUGCGGCUCUACGACGUCUGGGCCGCCCGCUACGAGCAGGAUGUGGCGGCUCUGGAGUACCGGGCACCGCAUCUCGCCGCCGCCUCGCUCGCCUUCGCCUUCCCCGCGCCGCGUGCGGAGGCGCGACUCCUCGACGUGGCCUGUGGCACCGGGCUGGUAGCGCGGGAGCUGCACCGGCGCGGGUUCCGCUGCCUGCACGGCGUGGACGGCAGCACGGGGAUGCUGGAGCGGGCGCGGAGCACCGGGCUCUACCAGGAGCUGCGGCUCUGCGUCCUGGGCCGGGAGCCGCUGCCCGCGCCCGCAGAGCACUACGACGCCGUGACGGUGGUGGGGGCCCUGGGCGAGGGGCAGGUGCCCAGCACGGUGCUGCCAGAGCUGCUGCGGGUCACCAAGCCGGGCGGCUUCCUGUGCCUGACGACGAGGAGCAACCCCUCGAACCUGCGGUACAAGGCGGAGCUGGAGGCAGCGCUGGGGCAGCUGGAGCAGAGCGGAGCCUGGCAGAAGCUGCUGGCCCAGGAAGUGGAGUACUGGGAGAGGGCCACCACAGAGGAGGAGAGCACCCAGGGCACCGGCUACAUCUCCGGGGUGGUCUACAUCUACCAGAAGUGCCCUGUUCCCCACCUCGAGGAAGGCUGAGAGCUAGCAUGCCUCUGGAGGGGGGAUGAGCACUUGACUCUUUAAUAAACUGAACCCAGUGAC